AUUGGCCAAAUGGAUUCCGGCUACCCGUCAGUCCUAAUAUUGUUGGCAUUGCUGCUAAUCAGUAGAUGCGAAGCAGCGCGCAAAUGGGACUACGAACCUAUAUCGGUCUCCACCACCUCUUCGGAUGAAAGUUUAAUAAAGUUAGAGGCCAAUAUUGUUCGCAUAGGGCGUGGACAGUACGGAGUAUCAGCCCGGGUGGAGUGGAACUAUGACGUAACAGAAAGGACCAUGGUGGAUGGUGUUGUCUACCGCAGCAGUACGGGCGAUGAGUCCGACUAUAAGCUGAUCCCUUGGUCUAUCCCUAAGCAAAGCUUUUACGACUAUCUGAACGGCUUUUAUAAGGAUAUGAUGAUGAAGAACUUUGCUUCGUGCUCCAAUAUGCCGCAGUUCAAGGGCAAAUUCCAACCGCCAUGGCCAAAGAACACCUAUUUCGGCAACAAAUGCAUGAUCGAUGGCGAUGGGUUGCCAGAUAUGGUGCCACCCGGAUUCUAUAAGAUUAUAUUUAAUUGUACUGGACCGGAUCAACCAUCAUGGAGUUUUGUAGGAAUUUUUAAAAUAAUAAACACAAUGUUUUAGCUAUGUACCAAUAAAAAGUAUGAGGUACG